ACCUGUUCACAAUGCCUCGCCAGCUGUGGCAGGGCACCAAGGAGAAGCUGUGUAUCACCAGGUUUGAAGAAGGGGAUGCCCUCGAGUAUAACCUUGACCUUGUUCACGUCGAUUCCAAUAGCACCACCAGAUACAUAUUUGAAUCUGGUAACAGUCAGUGCUGGACUUUUGAUGUUCCUAAUGCCAAUGGGAAGUAUUUAGCCACUUUCUCAGGGAGAUAUAGAAAUGGGGAACAGUUCCAACACGAAACUGAAGUCACAGUCCAGAAAAGCAGUCAUAUCACUCUUAUUCAGUGUGACAAACCCAUGUAUAAACCAGGGCAAACAGUUAAGUUCAGAAUUAUGACAAUUGAUGGAAUGAUGAAACCAAUAACUGGAGUGAUUUCUUUGGUCAGCAUAGAGAACCCUGCAGGUAUCCGGGUACGCCAGUGGAGGGAGGUUGAUGCAUCUAGAGGUUUAGCAAGUCUGGAAAUGGCCCUAUCCACUGAUCCCCCAAUGGGAAAAUGGACCAUCUCUGUGGAAGUGGAAGGAGAAAGCAACAAACAAACUUUUAUUGUCAAGGAAUAUGUACUACCCAAGUUUGAGGUGACAGUCACACCACCAAAAUACCUGUUACCAGAUACUCCUUUGAUUGAGGGAACAGUAUGCGCAAAGUACACCUAUGGGAAGCCUGUGCGAGGCAUAAUGGGACUGGAGAUUUGCUAUAUAAACGAAUACUACUACUAUGGUCGUGGAGUUGAUCCUGAUGAACGCCCAUGUUACAAAAGUCUUGUUGAGAUCGAUGGUUGUUACACAUUUUCUGUGAACUCCUCAGACCUGGCAAUGUCAUCAAAUCGAUAUAGCUUAUGGGGUAGCCUUAUUGUCAAAGCCAACAUCACAGAGACAGGAACAGGUGUCACCUUAUAUGGCGAGUCCAGGGAACCAGAAAUGACACAGACCCCGUACACUUUAAAAAUGACUGAUGAGACCAAAGGAUAUUUUAAACCUUUGUUUCCUUACAGAGUAAAGCUGACAGCCAAAAAGCCUGAUGGUUCUCCAGCAUCUGGGGAAUUGAUUGAAGUGUCUGCAAGGAAUUGGGAGUGGGAUUUUUUCCAGCAGAAGAAUUUUACAACAGAUGAAAAUGGUGUCAUAAAGUUUGCUGUUACUGAUAUUCCUGAGAAUGUAACCAGUAUCAACAUUCAGGCUAAUAGUCCUCGGUACCGAAGGAGCUAUGACUACUACGCGAUGAUGGAUUACCAUCGUCUGUAUGAGCCGCAGGGAUACUUAUCCGCACGACGGUGGUAUUCUCCAUCAGAGAGCUACAUGCACAUUGAGAGAGUCAGUUCUACACCCAGCUGUGGUCAGAUGCUAGACGUGAGAGUCCUGUACACUGCAGAUUUCAACACAACCUACAAGUUCUACUAUAUGGUGAUGUCCCCGCGCCAUGUUGUUUAUCACAGUCAUCGACAUCACCAUUUCUUGAGACAUGAUGCCGUCGAAACAAAUCCUGUAUUAGAUUCAAUGAAGCUUGACGACAUCACUCCUCCUACCAGGCGUCCUUAUCUAAGAUACCCUCGUAUAAUCAAAGUGAGGGUUCCUGUUGAAAACUCGACCAGUGAAUCAGAACCUACUGCUGCCCCCGAGUUAGAAGUGGUACAACCUGAACUGCCAGAACCAGAAGUUGAGGAGGAGGAAGAAGAAGAGGAAGAGGAGGAGGAAACAGAACCACACAGACAUGUUGCAUCCUUCACCUUGCAUAUUCCCAUUGUUGCGGCUAUGGCACCUAAUGCCAAGCUUCUAGUGUACUACAUACGAGACGACAUGGAGACAGUCGCAGAUAGCAUCACAUUUAAUGUUGAGAAGUGCUUCAACAACAAGGUGAAUAUGACGUUUGAACCCAAGACUGCCUAUCCGGGCAGUGAGGCAAGGAUCCGUAUCAAGGCUGAGGCAGGUUCCUUCUGUUCCAUAGGAGCAGUGGACAAGAGUAUCAACCUAUUGGGAGGCAACCACCAACUUACUCCAGAAAAGAUUUACAACAUGAUAGAUAACCCAUACUUCCACUAUGGAUACUGGAAUGAUGACCAGGCAUACUGUGAAAAACAUUUUCCAGCACCAGAAGAAGAAAAUGAUGAAGAAGCAU